AUGCCGUUCUAUGCACAGCUUACCCGCGUCAGUACCGCUGAUAAGAGUCCAGAUGGGACGGGGCGCACGCUUAUUACGGCUAUGAAUGAGUCUGUCUUGCAGAGAUGGUUUGAGAUCGCAAGCGGGAAAGGUGUCAAGAUUUGGAAGCACGAAAAAGAUUGGUUUACAUGCGCAGCCUCGGUCUCAGACGGAUGGCUAGAUUGGAUCGCCAACCAAAACGACGAUACUCGGGGGAAGAUCCUGUUUACCGGACUAGCAGAUAGGCAGGGGGAGUCUGGGAUCUGGGUUACCUUCCACAACCCGGAAGCCUAG